AUGACGUCCGUCAACAACAACGAGACGUCGCCUGGAGACGGCGGCGGCCUUGGCGCUGAUGAGAAGCCACGCCUCACCGAGGAAGAGAAGAAGCAGAACCACAUCGCGUCAGAGCAAAAGCGGCGACAGGCCAUCCGCGAAGGCUUCGACCGCCUGACGGAGCUCGUGCCGGGUCUCGAGGGCCAGGGCCGCUCCGAAGGCCUCGUGCUCAAACGCACCGUCGAGUUUAUGCGCCAGAAGCUCGAGGAGCGCCGCGCCAUGAUUGAGCGCAUCGAAAAGGCCGGCGGCCGCGUCGACGACAGGCUCAAAAAACCCGUCGCUGAACAGAGCAAACACAGUCGCGGCAAAGGUUGA